CAUGUGGGGGGAAACAAAGAGAGAGGCCUACAUGAAAAGAGAAAAGCCUAGACUAUGAAACUGCGCCAAAACCCCCCAUCAGGCGUCAAAAUCUCACCUGAGUGUGAGAUUUGUCUUAAGCCACAACACUGGUGCCUCAUUGGACGAAACCCACUGGAACUGUUUUUGUGUUGACAAACACUUGGAUCCUGGAAGAGAGAAGGAUAAUUCUGAGAGUUUUUUUACAUCACCUGCGGAAGGAAGAUUAGGAAUUCCCGGAUAUUUCAAGUUGGCAUCCGUUGUUUUCCCCGCUGCCACACGAGGACCAGCUUGCCGUUUAACCCGCCGACAGAGCGUCAUGGUCCCCUGUCAUUGGUUGGAUAACUCUGCCGUCCGGAAGACGGAAGAAUGCACGCCGAUAGCUACGAAGUGAUCUCAAACAGCUCUCAUUGAGCUCCACACAGCUGGCUCACCGGAAAUGGAUGCCAACGUUGUUGUAAUGGGGACAGAAAGCGUCGGGAAAUCAGCGAUUACUGUGCGCCUGUUAACUCGGAGAUUCAUCGGAGAGUAUGGAGAUAUUGAAUCCAUCUACGGUCACAGUUUUGGGAGGGAAUUAACUGUCAAUAUUUGGGAUUCGCCUUAUUCUGAGGAUUUGUCUGUGGAGACGUCUCUCUUUGAGAAGAAGGUCCAAUGGGCAGACGGCUAUGUUCUUGUCUACAGCAUCUGCGACAGGCCCAGUUUCAACUCCGUCAGCAGGCUCAUUCAGACCAUCAAGUCCACUAAAGACUACCUCAGCGCAGAUAAAGUGCCCAUCGUGAUCGUGGGGAACAAGAGGGACCUGCACCACAGGCGGACAGUGCCGAGCGAGGAGGGACGCCUGCUGGCUCUCAACACGGACUGCCUCUUCUACGAGGUGUCGGCGGCCGAGAACUACCACAGCGUGCUCCUGGUGUUUCACGGACUGGUGGACAGGAUGAAGGACGCCAAGCUGACCUCAAAGAGGCCUCUGGGCUUCAGGGGCAUAGUCAAAACCAUGUCGGCAGUGUUUGCCAGGAGACGGACAGACUCCUUUUAGUAAGACCACGACAGAAGAGGAGGGCAACUUUCUGUAAAUCUUCAAAAGAGAGGUUACACAUUGUGUGUAUUUGACUGGAUGGAGUACAGUUGGUGAGAAAUGACCAUGUUACUGUGCCAAAGGUAACGGUGACGUCUCCUGAGGCAGAGGCAGGUGUGGAAAGACUCCAGGGGAGAAAAACGCCUUUAGAAACAGAUAUUUUUUGGGUGACAGGUUUUGAGAUUAACUGCAUUUCAAACUACAGGAGACUAACGAGAUUACAGACUCAUUCAUUAGACGGAUGCUUGACAUGUAAUAUAAUGUAUGCAAUAUGUUUAAGCUGUGGAUUUAGAUUCAAAGAAAUUCUAUGCACAAAUAUAUGCCUUAUUCAUGAUUAUGACCAAAGACUGGAAAAAAAGCUCAAAAGGGAAACUUUUGUGCCACUGGAAAAAAGUGUCCUGCUCAAUCAUGUAAUUAAUUCUUAAAGUAAAACAUUUGUAUUUAUUCAGGUCUGUUUUCUAUAUUUAUGAGCUCUCACAUUUUUAAUUCAUUAUUUAUGAGUUAUGAACUGAAAUGUAUAUCGUUUGUUUAAACUUUGUCUUGCGAAGUUUUAAAUAAAGCAUCAAAUGUGA